AUGAGUUUAGGAAUAAAUUUACUUGCCAUACUAACUGAAAAAGCAGCAAAAAUUCUUGAUAAAAAUUAUGAUAUAGAGAUCGUAGAGUCUCACCACCGGAUGAAGUUAGAUAUUCCUUCUGGUACUGCUCUUAUGCUUGGUAAAACAUUAGCGGAAGCAAGAAAUUUAGAUUAUAAGAAGGACGUAAUUCAUAACCGCCAUGGUAAGAGACUAUCGGGCGAAAUUGGUAUCGCUGCAAUUAGAGGAGGACAUGUGUACGGAGAGCAUGAGAUAAUGUUUCUAGGUGAUAAUGAAACUAUCAGCUUUAAACACCAAGCUCUUAAUAGAGUAUCUUUUGCUGAUGGGGCAAUCAAGGCUGCAAUUUGGAUUGCUAGUAAAGAAACUGGUUUUUAUUCUAUGCGUGAUGUACUUAGUCAACUCGGUUAA